CAUCUCUAGUAGAAGUAAAGCAAUCGGCGUGCAGCUAAGUUUUAAAGGGAAAUAAACGCUUCAGUACAAUGUCCGCAGCACCAAAAAGACAAAAAGUGGAAAAUACCGCCCAGGAAACGAAGAUCAAGCCAAAGGAAAAGAAAGUCAAAGCCAAAACCCAGGAUGCCGGAUACGGAUCUGGUGAGUUUUCUGUAGACUGGGAUGUGGACAGUUACCGUACAGAAUACGAAAGCGAGGAACACUGGGAUUUGCGGCGCAGCUUCAUGAUGGCCCACAAGGAUCGAUUUGAAGAGGACCGCCUUGUGUGUCUGGCACAGACAUUCGUGAACAUGGAGUUUAUGGGCUGCAAAUAUCCCAGCGAGACGAUGCACCUGGUAGCGGAACUGUCAAAGGAGAUUGCCGAGGAUUUCCGCCGGAAACGCGAACAGCGGCUGAAACGAACUUUCGUAUCAGCCUCUGAUGCCGCGGAGCAGCGCGCCAAAGGGCGCCGGGCAGCAGCCGCACCCGCAGCGGAUUCCCAAAAGGAUAGCUCGAAUAGAUCCACACGAGAACGCCUGUGUUUCGGCGGUGGCGAGCCAAUCAAUCUGUUCCAAGGCCUGCGUUUCGGUCAGCUCAUAUUGUUCUUGGCCGGUGGGCGUAACUGCCUGCGAAACUCCUGCACUAGUGCCAAUUUGAAGUAUGAGGAGCGUGCUAGCAAAGAUCAGCCUGCUACCGCCAUGACAAAGUACGCCGAUGUAUUGAUUAAUGACGAGGUAAUAGCUUCUGGACAGGGAGAAAAUAUUAAGGCGGCUAGGUUUGCGGCCUUCAAACAAGCGCUGCUUUUUCUGCAGUCUCAUUGCUAUAGCAUUAAGUUGAAUGCCACCCGCGAAACCAUCAAGGUCAAGAGGAGCAAAAAAGGUGUAAAAAUCGAUGUAACUAAGGAUUCUGCAGACAGCCAGGGCGAUCAAAAGUUGGAUGAAAGCAACAAAGGCUAUCGCAUGAUGCGACUGAUGGGCUGGGCGGGUGGUGGCUUAGGGCGCCAGAAGCAAGGAAUUGAGGAGCCAGUGAGUUACCUGAUGAAGAUAAAUCGCAAUGGCCUGGGAUCAAAACAACCGCAAGGAAUUCUUGAGGACUACCGCACCUUAAUAGAAAAUUAUGUGAACUCAGACGACAUGCGUGAUAUGCUGUUUGAGCCCACGUUUUCGAAAGAAGAGCGCGCCGCGUUUCAUCAAAUGGUCAGUCGAUUUGGCCUGCGAUCCAGCAGUCAUGGUGCUGGUCAGACACGGCAGCUUUUGAUCACCAAGAAGGUCAGCUAUGCAGAAAUACUCACUGAAGUACUGUCCCGACGCAAUCCGAAGUUUUGUGAACGUUACUUUGUGCAGGUGCCCAUGCAAAAGGCGCUGUUAUUUCCCGGUCAUGUGGCCGAAUUGGUAUUGGAAAAUAUGUGCGAAUAGGCAGGAAAAACAAAGAAAGACUUAGCUCGUAUAGUACUCGUAUAAAAAAAUCUUCCCAUUAGUCUUAGCAUAAAGGAUAAAAAAUAUAAAUACCAUAUAAUAUAAAA